UAAAGCUCAAACUUGGGGGAGUGGUAUUAGGUGAUAGUUGGAUCUCACCUGAAGAUUUUGUGUUCUCUUGGGGACCUCUACUGAAAGAUGUAUCAAGAAUUGAUGACAAUAGUUUAGAAAAAUCAAACAGUUUAGCUACGCAAAUUAAGAAGAAACUUGAUGACGGACUAUUUACAGAGGCAACAGCACUGUGGGGUACCCUUCAAGAUGUCCUAACCAAUUCUAGCAAUUCAGUGAAUUUCUACAAUUUUAUGCUGGAUUCCAAUAUGGACCCUUUACUGUCCACUUCUUCUGAUCUUAACACGUUAAUGAAUGGAGCUAUCAAGACAAAAUUGAAGAUUAUCCCAGAGAACAUUCAGUGGAGAAGGCAGUCCAGUGUUGUAUUUGCAAAUAUGCGUGGCGAAAACAUGAAACCAAGAAUAAGUGAGGUUGAUCUCAUUUGUGCCACCAAGGGAACUGAAGCAUGGGUUCAAAAGCUCAAGU